CCAUCAAAACAAGCAAAGCCAUCCAAGCCGCAGAAUGCAGUCACAACACUCGCACGUCCGGCCAGACCUUUGCCGUCUUCACCCAAGACCACCAGUACGACGGUAACCACGGGUACCCGUACGGCACGUGUGAAGCGUAUAACUGCGCGCCGGGUAGUGCGAUGAAGAAGAAGGCGGGGACUUGGACGUUCUUUUGGGCGAAGGCGGGGGUUGAGGGAGAGGAGGAGGGAGAUGGCGCGGGGUGCAUUAAGAGUCCGAAGGAUGGGAGUUGUGGGUGUGAGAACUCGGAUGGGACGUUCGUGUACAAGGGGACGAACUGCAAAUAG